AUGUACAACAACUUGGAAGCUCGGCAUUAUUGUGAGCUGCAAAAAGUGGGCAAGAAGCGACAGCUCAAAAAUCGCUACAUCAAGGAGCUCAUGCCCAAUCUCUAUCUGAAUUCGAUGAAACGCCCCUAUCAAUAUGGGCAUGAAGCAGUGGUCAAGAUACUAAUCCCUACGGAGGGAGUCAACCCAGACUCUAAGGAUUCCGACGGACAGACACCACUAUGGUGGGCGGCAGAACACGGCCAUAAAAAAGUAGUCAAACUAUUGCUCACCGCGGAGGGUAUGAACCCAGAUUCUCAGGAUUCUGAUGGACGGACGCCCCUAUUAUGGUCGGUAAUGAAUGGACGUGAGUCAGUAGUCAAGCUACUACUCACUUCGAAAGGUGUCAAUCCAGAUUCUAAGAAUUCUCAAGGAGAAUCGCCACUAUCGUGGGCGGCACGGAAUGGAAAUAAAACAGUUGUUAAGUUGCUUCUCGCCACGGAAGGUGUCAACCCAGACUCUGAGGAUUCUAAGGGACGGACCCCCCUAUUGUGGGCCGUACGAAAUGGACAAGAGGAGGUAGCCAAGUUGCUUCUCGCUACGGAGGGCGUCAGCCUAGAUUUCGAGGAUUCUGAGGGACGGACGACGCUUUCGUGGGCCGCAUGCAAUGGACAUGAGGCGGUAGCCAAGCUUCUACUCGCUACGGAGGGCGUUAAUCCAAACUCCGAGGAUUCUGAGGGACGAACGCCGCUUUCGUGGGCCGCACGAAAUGGACAUGAGGCGGUGGUGAAGCUCCUACUCGCUACGGAAGGCGUUAACCCAAACUCCGAGGAUGCUGAGGGGCGGACGCCGCUUUCAUGGGCCGCAUGCAAUGGACAUGAGGCGGUAGCCAAGCUCCUACUCGCUACGGAGGGCGUUAACCCAAACUCCGAGGAUUCUGAGGGACGAACGCCGCUUUCGUGGGCAGCACGGAAUGGACAUGAGGCGGUGAUGAAGCUCCUACUCGCUACGGAAGGCGUUAAUCUAGACUCCCGGGAUUCUGACGGACAGACGGCCCUGUUGUGGGCGGCAGAAGGAGGGCACGAGGCGGUAGUCAAGCUACUACUCGCAACGGAAGGCGUUAGUCUAGACUCCCGGGAUUCUGACGGACAGACGCCCCUAUUGUGCGCGGCAAUGAAUGGCUAUGAGGCGGUAGUCAAGCUACUACUCGCUACGGAGGGCGUUAACCCAAACUCCGAGGAUUCUAAGGGACGAACGCCCCUGUUAUGUGCGGCAAUAAAUGGCUAUGAGGCGGUAGUCAAGCUACUGCUUGCAACGGAAGGUGUCAACAUUAACUCCCAGGAUUCUAAGGGACGAACGCCCCUGUGUCAACAUUAA